AUGAUGAAGGACCAUAUUUUUAACAAGCAGAAGAUGAGACAUCAGCCAUCUGGUUUAAUCAUCUCUCCUCGUUACCAGGAUGUGAACAGCUGCGAGAUCCAGAAGACAAACUGCACAUGGCUCAUGGUCACGCACGAAACGUGUGGCAAAGAUGACGUGAUGACAGCACUAGCAAAAGCCACUGGUGACGCUGUGCUCAAGUUCGAGCCGUUUGUUCUUCACGUGCUGUGUCAGGAGCUGCAGGAUGCACAGCUGCUGCAUUCGGUGGCGAUUGAUUCUGGGUUCAGGAACUCUGGUAUUACGGUGGGCAGAGGAGGAAAAAUUAUGAUGGCUGUCCGGAGCACUCAUUGCUUAGAAGUACCAUUGAGCCACAAGGGUAAAGUGAUGGUCUCCGAAGAAUAUAUUGAAUUUCUGAUACACACAGCUAAUCGGAAAAUGGAAGAAAAUGCAAGGAGGAUUGACAGGUUCUACAAAUGCUUGCAGUUGGCUUUGGGAACGGCCGGCAGCGCAACCAGCUCGCCAGCUGCGGAGAGGGAGAGGAGCCGCUCCAUGUACGUGCGCAGAAGGAAGAGGAAGAACUUUCGGGAGCCAGGGCUACCCACUGCUGCAGAGGGACUCAGCGAGGACUUGGAGCCUGAGGACAACACAGAGAGCAACCUCGAUGUCUUUGCUGGAAUCACAAUAUAG